AUGAACGGCGUCAAUGGACACACCAACGGCCGCGCUCUACACGUAAAGGGCGCGCGCAAAGAAUCUUCUGCAAUGGCCCCUGCUUUCAUGGUAUCUGCUCCCGGCAAAGUUAUAGUCUUUGGUGAGCAUGCCGUUGUCCAUGGCAAGGCCGCAAUGGCAGCUGCGAUAUCUCUGCGAUCUUACCUCCUCGUCACGAGUCUCUCCAAAUCACAUCGAACUGUCAGACUCGUCUUUCCCGAUGUUGGUCUUGAUCACAAUUGGGACAUUGAUGACCUGCCAUGGGAUAUCUUCACCGAAGGCAAGGUUAGGAAACCAAAAUACUAUGACCUGGUCACCUCUCUAGAUGAGGAGAUAUCUGCGGCGAUUCAGCCGUUCAUCGACGAAGUAUCGCCCAGCGAGCUUCCCGAGAAGCGCAGAAUACAACAAGCCGCAGCAACGGCGUUCCUCUACCUCUUCAUGUGCCUGGGCAGCUCAACAUCGCACGCGUGCAUCUACACUCUACGAUCCACGUUGCCUAUCGGUGCAGGCUUAGGCUCGAGUGCUGGCAUUUGCGUUUGCCUAAGUGCUGCCCUUCUGAAGCAAAUACACGUCCUCUCAGGACCGCACCAUGACCAGCCGGAGGAAGAGGUUGACCUACAGCUGGAUCGAAUCAACAAGUGGGCGUUUGUGGGCGAAAUGUGCAUACAUGGUAAUCCUAGCGGCGUCGACAAUACUGUGGCAACCAGAGGCAAGGCUGUGCUCUUUAAGCGCAUUGACUACUCCAAGCCCCCAAAGGCAACUCCGUUGAAGGACUUUCCCGAGCUACCUCUUCUUCUCAUCAACACCAAGCAGCCAAGGUCAACGGCCACUGAGGUUGCUAAGGUCGGUCUGCUAAAGAAAAAAUAUCCCGAUGUUACAGAACAAACUCUUUCAUCCAUUGAUCAGGUCACAAUGUCCGCAUACAAUCUCAUCAACUCCGAUGAUUUCGACCCGACAUCCGAAAACAACAUCGAACAUUUAGGGGAUCUCUUCCGAAUCAACCAUGGUCUCUUGGUUUCACUCGGAGUAUCACAUCCCAAGCUUGAGCGUAUCCGAGAAAUCAUUGACUAUUCAGAUGUGGGCUGGACCAAGCUUACGGGCGCUGGCGGCGGUGGUUGUGCGAUCACGUUACUGAAACAGAGUGUGACUCGUGAGCAGCUGGACAACGUCAAUUCUGCUUUCGAAGAUGCCGGAUUCGAGGAGUACAAGACUACGCUUGGUGGGGAUGGAGUUGGCAUUCUAUAUCCAGCUGUCCUACGCAACGGCUCAGAGGAAAAGGGAGGCGAUGAAAUCGAUCAUCAAAAGUUCAUGAAUGCCGAAGGCGAGGCUGGGCUCGAGAGGUUGGUGGGCGUAGGCAUAAGAGAGAAGCGCCCCGAGUGGAAGUUUUGGCGGUGA